GCGUUACGGUCGUGCAUAGAAACGGUAGCGGAUACAAAAUUCCUUCAAACGGUGGUCUCCAUGUCUCCAUAGAGACAAUCAGACAUUCAUUCAAUUGUGAAGGAAUUCCAACAGAGUUGUGGCUGCAGAAAUUUAAUAAAAAAGCAACAGCAAGAACAACAACAAUAAUAGAAAGAUUAAAGCCCAAAAUUAAAGUGAAGACAAAAGACAUAACAAAGACCGGAGAUAUCUAACAAACUCCUUCCUUGUUUCGCUGAGCAUACACAAAACAUAAGACAAAUAAGAGAGAGAGAGAGGAGUCAAAGUCAGAAACAAAGUUAAAGAAAUUGAAAUAAAACUUUUCGGUUUUGUGUGAAGAGAAAAGAAAAAUAAAGAAUUUAAUUAUACUACGGCAUACAGUUGGUCUGGUUGGGUCUGGUCUGGAAUAGCUCUUGUGUCAACUGAGUGUCAAAACAAUAGGCUCUUAAACACGAAUCUACAGCAACACCUGCACAAGCACAGCCACAUUCACAGAGUCGGAGUCAGAGGAAGAGAGGCAGAAGAAGAAGGUUUGAAGUUGAAUUGCCCUAACCACAGUGUCACAGUCAUCAACAAUUUGCAAUCAACUCGAACCUGGGUGACGGAACAAACGACCGAGCGAACAAACGAACAAACAGCAUGAAUUGAGUGUGCGGUAUAUAUGAACACUUUGCUUUCUCUCCUACUCCUCCUCCGCCUGCCGCUCAGUUACAAGUCAUUUCAUUUGGAUAACAUUUACAACAGGGUUACGGAUUUACAACAACACCACCAUCCAACAAAAAAGAGGAAAAUUGCCUUUAAAAACUCCUGAAGGCUCUCCUCUUUGCCAGCGCUGAUGAUGAAUUGAUUUUGGAAAGCAGCAACAGAAAAAAAUGUGCUUAUGAAAUUAUAUUUCUCAACAACAACAACUUUAUGAAUAAUAACAAUAACAACAAUGCAAUGCUCCCCAACAUUAUGGCUGGGCUAAGCCUCAAAAUAUGCAACAGCAGCAUCGGCAUCAGCAACAAGAGCUACAACGCUGGCAUCAUUACGACUAUCGGAAAGAUUGCAAAGAACUUCACAGUAAAUAACACGACGAACCCAACUCCAACUGUGAACAAAUCGGACUUAAGCAAUAACAAAAACAUUACGAGUAACAACAACCAACAACAUUUAUAUCAAAGGAAAUCAAAAACGGAAACAGGACAAUUUCCCACUGUUCAGUGCCAAGCCAGGCGAAACCACGACGAUAGGGAAAUAAAGAAAACAUUGUGGAGCAAAUCCACAGGUUCCCAGUGCCAUACACUUCAAGUCAAGAGGCCAAAUUGCAUUAACCCAUUGUUGUUGCCAAUAUCUCCCCCCGAGACAUUGGCAUCUCUUCUGCCCAACGACACAGCUACGACUGCAUCAUCAUCAUCAUCGCCACCACCAUCAUCCGGCACAUCAUUGGUAGCUGUGGCAUUAUUGGAUUUGUAUCAGGCAUUUGAACAAACCGUUAAACAUGUUGUUGCAUUUAAUUUAUGUAAUCUUUGUUGUUGUUCUCCUGCAAUUGCAAUUUGAUUACACGAGAGCUCAUUUUGUUGCCAAUUUAACAACGACAAUAGGCAGCAAUGCAGCUGCAUCGGCUGCAGCAGCCGCCGCAGCAACAGCGACAGUUAUCGCAACAUCAACAACAUCGGCCGUUGCAACCACCAGCAGCACGGCCACCACCACCGCAACAAUAUCGUUGGAUAAUAUUGUACGGAUUGGAGAUGGCAAUAUCAUAACGCGGGAAGCCAUUCAACAAUCUUUAGUGACUGUCCAUGACAUUGCCACCGAAAACUUGGGCACUUUGUGUAUAUCGACCCUCUAUCGUCCGCUACAAGUGCCCAUCAAUUCUGAGCGAUAUGAAAGUUCGAGACAAAAGGCUGAUUUGGUGGCAUCCAUACUGCAGGAGGUUGGCAUCAUAAGACAUGGAGGUUUAUCCGACGCCUUGGCAAAGGGUUUAUUAAGUGAUCAACACACAACAGGUGCCAGAAUUUUGGCCCUCAACAUCACAAAUGGCUCCGUGCAGUCCUAUGUGUGGUGGAUCAAAAAGAACCACGACAAAAAUGGCGAAUUGCAACGCUUCGAAGAAGAAGGUCUACAAGUUGCCAAGAAACCCUCGCCAAUGUAUCCGUGGUUCGCCGAUGAAAGCUCCUCACCAACGUUGCGUUCACCGAAAUUUGCACCCAGCCCACCGAAUAUUUACUACAAAGGCUGGUGGACAUAUCCAUAUUUUUCAUGUUCACUCAGCAAAUGGAUACUGUCGUACAGCAUUGCCAUACCGCCGAGCGGAAGACACGGUCUGCGAGGUUUCGUUAGCAUCGACAUCGAUGUCACCGGCUUGCGUGUCAAUCAAUGCGAGGCACCGGUGGCCUAUCGAUUCAAUUAUCAGCAGAUACAGACACGCCGUCUUCACUUGGUCGACACAAGCGCCCAGUCGACAGAAUUCAUUAAUGAUAUUCAAGCGUUUCAUAAGUCGCAUAAAUGUCAUCGUGACACAAUGGUGUGUGAUUAUCGUUUACCCACCACGGAUUCACCGACAAUAACAACAAGCAAAAUUCUGGCCACACCCAACACUUGGUCACGUGGUGCCUAUCAAUGCCUGUGCAAGCGCGGCUACUAUUCCAUUCGACAUCCGGAUGGCUUUAAUGGCACCAUUAUGGAAAUUGCCUGGAAGGAACAUCAGGAUAAUAUUAGCAAUUACUAUUCCGAAGUGUUCACUUGUCUGAAGUGUGCUCCGGGCUGUGAGUCGUGCACAGGACCCGAACCAUGUCUGGCCGAUUACAAUUGGCCCUUUAGAAUAUCUUUGCUCACCAUUUCGGUGGCAUGUGCCGUAGGCUGCUGCAUUUUGGCGGGCUAUCUGUUCCAUCAUCGCAAGGUGAAAGUUUUCAAAGUUGCCAGUCCAAUUUUCUUGCUAAUCACGCUUAUUGGAUGUUCCAUCAUGUAUUUGGAGAUGGUUGCCAUAUUUCCCUAUUUGGAUACAACAUGGUGUGUUGCCACAAAAUGGACCCGACACAUGGGCUUUUGUAUAACUUAUACAUCGUUGCUGAUGAAAACAUGGAGGGUCUCCUUAACGUAUCGCGUUAAAUCGGCCCACAAAGUCAAACUUACCGAUCAACAGCUGCUACAAUGGAUGGUGCCCAUUCUAUUGGUAAUGCUUAUAUAUUUGGGUACAUGGACAAUUAGUGAUACACCCUAUGCCGUUUAUAUUAAUGACCAGCAUGGUCUCAAAUUCAAGCAAUGCUCAUAUAAUUGGUGGGAUCAUAGCUUGGCCAUUGGUGAAGUUCUUUUCCUGGCCUGGGGCAUACGUGUCUGUUACAAUGUCCGCAAUGCGGAAUCGUUGUACAAUGAGGCUCGUCUCAUUUCUUAUGCCAUUUAUAAUAUUGCCAUUGUUAAUACGGCAAUGGUGGCACUACACAUUUUGAUAUACCCAGAAGCUGGACCUGAUAUCAAGUACACAUUGGGUUUUAUACGAACUCAGUUAUCGACCACCACUACCAUUGCAUUGGUGUUUGGUCCCAAAAUAUCACGAAUCUUCAAGGGGCAAGGUGAUAAAUGGGAUCAAAAGGCCAAGGUGAGGAGUAUAACAGCAUCGUUCUCCCUAAAUGGUGUGGGAUUGGUGCCAGAUGAAUCACCUGAUCUAUAUCAGGAAAAUGAGGAACUUAAGGAGCAAAUCCAAAAAUUAGCUCAUCAAAUUGAAUUUAUAAAGACUGUACAUAUGCAAAUCAAUAAUCGACAUUUGAAACCGAAACCCGGUGGUUAUUUCACCAUUACAUCAACAUCAUUCCAGGCACCAUUCAGUAAAAAUAAUAUGUCUUCGACGCAAACGCAAACCUCCAAGACCGGUAAUGAAGAAUCACAAACCGGUUCCAUGAACAAAGGUUUUCCCACCAACUUAACACCCUCAAAAACCAAAUCGAAAACAACCGAAAAAGUUUGACGAGGUCAACGAAGUGAAAAAGAUUGCUCAAAUGAAUUUUUUAUUUGGACUACAAACGAACCGCCACAACAAUAUCAGCU